AUGAUGACAACUCGAACAGUAAAACCUAAAACAUUCACAUUAUUAGAAAUUUGUGAAAAUAUAACAAAUAUUCGUUCAUCUACUAGUAAAACAUCUUUAUCACCGAAUGUAUCUCAUAUUUUAACACGUCGUCUCUACUUACAUCCAUUAUCAAAAUUAAAAACACGUUCAAUGGUCGAAAUUGAAACACGACAACAUAUAAAUUUAGAAAAGAAAAAAUUAAUAAAAGAUCGAACACAUGUAUCAACUCGUGGUUUAGCCAUUUUAAGUUCAAGUUUAUCACUGAAAACUCGAAAAACAACUCCUUUGAAUUAUUUAUCAAAUGAAACUUAUCAUAAACGUAUACAAAAUCAAGUAACAGAUUCACAAUUAUUUGAGGAAUCUAUUCAAGGAGAAGAUGAUGAUGAUGAAUACGAAUACUUGAGAACACCAACAUCUUCAUCGAUGAAUACAAUAACACCCUAUUCAUCAUCAUCUGAUCAAUGGACGAAAUUUAACAUAUGGCAACAUAUCGAUAGUGUAUUACAACGUCCAAGUCCAAAACAACCACCAUCAACACCAUUAGAUAUGUUAUCAGAUUAUUCUAUACAGGGACAAUUAUCUCCGAAAAAAAAUACGAUUGAACGGCAUUCAUUAAGAAAGAAGACAAUCAAUGAAAAUGAAGAAUUUUUUAGUAGACAAGAAAAUAUUAAAAAAUGA